AUGUCGAAUACGUCUACAGUUUCAACCAGAGAACCCUAUAGUCAUGUAAGUUAUGAAAAAUUAGCCCUUUUUGUUUUGAGUUUGAGCAAAAAAGCCCCAUGAGGAGACAAGGAAAUUACUUUGCUCCAAAAAUAAUAUUAUUUGUUAGUAUUCUGAUUUGGAAUAUUCUAAUAAAGUGUCUAGAAUACCAUUUAUGAGGUCUGGGCUUCCAGGGCACCUGUCGAAUUAAGGAAUCGUGAGGUGUACUCGAAUCCGCUACCUCAAAAUGGUCACUUUUUAAUUGUUUCUGUGAAUUGUAACAGGAUGGCCACAAAGGGGAAUUGGACCAGAUCCAAUUUUUUGAGAAAAAUUAUGAUUUGGGCAUAUUCUCAACAAAUCUAACAUGGUCUAUAUAUUCCUAGAUUCAGACUUUUCACAAUGUUUCUAACCCAAAUAUUUAUAGGAUUGUGAAGGUGACAACCACGACUAUAGUUUUUAUGUUUGGCUCGUCGCUUUGGUGAUUUGCUUUCUGGCCUUUCUAUCACUCAUUUAUGUCGUUUUUCGAUAUUAUAAAAUUCAUACACUGGUUUUGGAAUUCGAAAAUGGUUUGAUGGAGAUGUUAGACGAGGCAUUGCAGAUAUUACUACCGCUUGGGAUUUGUAAAAUGAUCAGUCUACCCAAUACCGCAGCCAUAAACCCAUUAGGAAGACAAUUGUCUCGUAAGUUCUUCAAUUUUCAGAUAAAAAUUUUCAAAAAAUGAUUUUCAGAAGACGUUAAAACUCGUCAGCGAGAGAAUCGUUAUCCGGAAGAUGUGACUUGGCCACAUUCUAACAUUGAACAUCUUUACGAUAUGUUUGGUGAUGAUGAGACUCGAAUGCAGAGAACUCUAAAUCUCUCAAUUUCUAUGCCACCAGUAGCACCAACGGAUCCUCUCAUAACUGCGCAUUCUGUUGAAGUUUGUAAAACUCAGGAUGAGAAAGAAAAAGAUAAAACACCAAAGAAGUUGAAUAUAAGUAACAAUCGAGUUGGAUAUUCACCAAGGCUUCCGUCAGCCGAAUCUAAAAAGCCUUUAUUGAGCGAUAAGACGAGAAGUGAAAAGACUGCGAUUGAACAUAAGAAACCAGCGUUUUCAAUGGAAAUUGCACAAGGAAGUAAGGAUAAGAUUCCAGAAAAACCAUUGUUUUGA